AUGUAUGUUCAGAAGCUGGGAAGUUUUCAUUUGCGUAGUCAGAAGCCGGUGAAGUAUGAUCAGAGAUAUGAUCCCUUUUUAAAAAGCAUCGGAUUUGCUAGUAUUCCCGAUAUUUCCAAUAUUAGACUUGAUGGGGCAUUGAUCACUGCACUUGUUGAGAGGUGGCGUCCAGAGACAUCCACAUUCCACCUGUUUACUGGAGAGUGUACCAUCACUCUCCAAGAUGUGGAGUUACUUCUAGGUUUGAAAAUUGAAGGAUUGCCUCUAACCACCAAGACAGAAAAAAGUGAGACAGAUUGA